AUGUUCGAGACGGGCACCGCAGGUGCGCACGCGAGGUGGAAUUGGUGGGCUAACAGCGACACAGGCCGUACCGAUGCGCCAUUCAACAAGGUUGUUCUCCGACGUCUUAUGAUGUCCAAGAUCAACCGCCCUCCCGUCUCUCUCUCCAAGAUCGUCGCCACCUCCGCCAACAAGGCCAACGCGAAGAACAACGAGGGCAAGACCAUCGUCAUUGUCGGCACCGUCACCGACGACAACCGCCUCCUCGAGCUCCCCAAGCUCUCCGUCGCUGCCAUGCGCUUCACCGCUUCGGCCCGCGCCCGCAUCGAGAAGGCCGGUGGUGAGGUCCUCACCAUUGACGAGGUUGCCACCCGUUUCCCCACUGGUGCCAACACCGUCCUCCUUCGUGGACCCAAGAACUCCCUCAUCAACUUGACUGCCUCCACGAUUUGUCACACCUCACAUCGCAAAUCAAACAUCGCAAUGGCUGACCAGCGCAAGGUUGGUGUUCUCGGGGGCGGCCAGCUCGGCCGCAUGCUCAUCGAAGCUGCCAACAGGCUUAACAUUCAAGUGAACGUUCUGGAUGCCGCAAACUCUCCAGCGAAACAGAUAUCAGCACAUGACGGCCACAUCGAGGGAUCAUUCAAGGACGCAGCCAAGGUCAAAGAGCUAGCUCAAAAGUGUGACGUAGUUACCGUGGAAAUCGAGCACGUGGAUACACAGAUGCUCGAGGAAGUAGCGGGGCAAGUCACCGUUGAGCCAAGCUGGAAGACAUUGCGCACCAUCAAAGACAAAUACGCGCAGAAACAGCACCUCAAGCAAUAUGGAGUCGAUGUUGCCGAGAGCAUCGAUUUGGAAGGGAAAGGAGCAGAGGGACUGAAAGAGGUUGGAACUGAAUAUGGGUACCCAUACAUGCUCAAGAGCAAGACAGAAGCGUACGAUGGCAAGGGCAACUUUGUUGUCAAGAGUGAGGGAGAUAUCGAUGCAGCUAUCAAGGCACUGGGCGGUCGCCCUCUAUAUGCUGAGAAGUGGGCUGACUUCAGCAUGGAGUUAGCUGUCAUGGUUGUGAAGACUAAGGAUGGCGUCCUGUCCUUCCCUACCGUCGAGACCGUCCACGAGGACAGCAUCUGCAAGCUCACAUACACUCCUCCCCGCAACGUCUCACCAACUACCUCUCAGCGUGCGCAAGAUCUCGCCAAGAAGGCCAUCGCCGCCUUCGAAGGCAAGGGCGUCUUCGGCGUUGAGAUGUUCUUACUGAAGGACGACUCCCUCCUGAUCAACGAGAUCGCACCACGCCCACACAACUCAGGCCACUACACCAUUGAGGCCUGCCCGAUUUCGCAGUAUGACGCCCACCUCCGCGCUAUCCUGGACAUUCCCAUCAAGCCCUAUCAACUCCGCCUCAAGGAACCCGCGAUCAUGCUCAACAUCCUGGGUGCAUCCACGCCAGACUCUGACAAGAAGGUUGCCCAGUUCGCGCUCGAGAACUCAGACGCUUCCAUCCAUCUCUACGGCAAAGGUGACUCGCGCCCCGGCCGUAAGAUGGGUCACCUUACCAUCACGCGCCCCACACUGCGUGAAGCAGUGCAAGCCAUCCAACCACUCGUAGACUUCGUUGACGAACAAAAGGGCAAGGCUCUCGUACCCAAGACCGCGGAUCCAGCGGCCUCGCAGCCCCUCGUCGCCGUAAUCAUGGGCUCCGACUCGGACCUGCCCGUGCUAAAAGCGGGUCUUCAGAUCCUCGAGAAACUCCAGAUCCCCUUCACGACACGCAUUACGUCCGCGCACCGCACGCCCGACUGGCUGCGGGAGUACUCGAAAACCGCUGCUUCGAAGGGGCUCCGCGUCAUCAUUGGCGCAGCAGGCGGUGCCGCCCAUUUGCCUGGUAUGUGCGCAUCCUGGACCACGCUGCCUGUUAUUGGACUCCCCGUCAAGGCGACGCAUAUGGAUGGCUGGGACAGCCUGGUGAGCAUGACGCAGAUGCCGCGGGGCGAGCCGGUGGCGACGGUGGGUAUCAACAACAGCACGAAUGCGGCGUUGUUGGCGGUGAGGAUCCUCGGGGCGAGUGAUGAGGAGGUCAGGGAGAGGUUGAGGGUGUGGAUGGAGGGGAAUGAGAAGGAGGUCCUCAGGAAGGAUGGCGAUUUGUUGGAGAAGGGGUGGGAGCAGUACCUCACCAGCAUGGUCGAUUACCAUUAA